AUGGAGACGAGCAGCCCGAGGAUGACGGCCGGCCCCCGGGAGGCGGCGGUGAACUGCUCCCCGGCGGUGGCGGCCAACGCGGAGGGUGAGGAGAUCGAGGUUUUGGAAAGUACCGACGUCCUUCCAGUGGCUCCAGAGGACGUAAGUCAAUGGAAGUCUCUGUUUGACAAGUAUGACCCAGAGAACUCGGGCUUCAUCAGUACAGAGCGGUUCAGGGACCUUCUGGCGGCGCACGGCUCCGAGCUUGACCCCCACAAACUGGAAGUCCUGUUGGCCCUCACCAAUGGAAACGCUGAUGGCAAAAUCUGCUACCAGGACUUUGUGAACCUGAUGAGUAACAAGCGCUCCAACAGUUUCCGGAGGGCCAUCCUGCAGGGGAGCCGGCAGCUGAAGGGCUGCAGUCUCAGGGAUGAGGUCGGCCUGGGGCUGUCGCAGCGCCUGGUCCGACACGUCGCCUACGAGACGCUGCCCCGCGAGGUCGACCGCAAGUGGUACUUUGACAGCUACACCUACUGCCCCCCGCCGCUGCUCAUUCUGGCGAUCACCAUCGCUGAGGUAGCCGUGUUCAUGUACUACGGGUUCCAGCUGGAGCGCCUGGUCCUGCAGGUGUCCAGCCCGUCAUUCCUAAAGAGCCCCUUACCCUACCACCCCCAGCUCCGGGCCCAGGCCUGGAGGUACCUCAGCUACAGCUUCAUGCACACUGGCAUUGAACACCUAAGCCUCAACAUGGCCAUGCAGCUGCUGGUGGGAGUCCCACUAGAAAUGGUCCACGGGGCCCUGAGGAUCGGACUGGUCUACGUGUGUGGUGUGCUGGCAGGGUCAUUGGCGGUGUCCGUCACAGAUAUGACGGCUCCAGUAGUCGGGUCAUCUGGGGGAGUGUACGCACUGGUCUCAGCGCACUUGGCUAAUGUUGUAAUGAACUGGUCGGGAAUGAAGUGUCAGUUUAAGCUGUUCCGGAUGGCAAUGGCUCUGGUGUGCAUGAGUGUCGAGUUUGGCCGGGCGGUGUGGUUGCGGUUCUACCCGCCGGCCUUCCCUCCCUGCCCCAACCCCAGCUUUGUAGCGCACCUGGGAGGGGUGGUGGUCGGCCUGACACUGGGCGUGGUGGUCCUGCAGAACUACGAGCAGCGGCUCCAGGAACAGUCCCUGUUUUGGAUCUUUUUCUGCGUCUACACCUUGUUUGUUCUUUGCGCCGUCUUUUGGAACAUUUUCGCUUACAGCUUGCUCGACGUGCGACUGCCACCGCCGCCUUGACUUCACUAUUAGAGGCAGAUGAGACACUGUAUCCCCCUUUACUACUCCAUCAGUAGAGGUCUGACCGCCCAGCUGGAAGAGUCACCUCACCCCUCGUACUUGCUUCAUCGUGGGGGGAUCGGAGUUGUUGAACCGCCACCUCACCUCUACAUCCACUUCUCUGAUGCAGGGAUUCCGACUUGCUGCAGGCCUCUCUGUCAUCGUAUAUUUUUCAUCCCAGCUGCCACAUCUGAGGCUAAGCCUUACCAUCGCCAAGUUUACCUCCCCCUGCUCUUUUGCCUCAUCUGUGUUGGAUGCUCGGCUCAAGACGAUCAGCCGGCUGGGGGACGUUUGCUGACAACACUGUGCUGACACAGGAGAAGCCUCGGAUCUAACACAACAAGAACAAGCAGGAACGGCCCCAUCCACAUGGCUUAACUUCCUCUGCCUCCUCCUCCUCAAUCCAACAGUGCCUGCUGGCGACAUCGGCGUAAUGAAAGUAUUUCUGCACAGUUGCCUCUUGUGCAGGUUAACGGCAGCAACAACUGUCUUCAGACAAAACAAGUUCCAAACAUCCUGCUGUCUGCCUGUGCCCUCUUUAUUAGUAAAGAAAGAAUGAGGUACUAUGAUAAUUUAGGCUUUGAUUUGUCAUCAUUACAAGCAGCUAAUAACACAUGAGGUCACUAAUAAGGAGAAGUAUUUUUUUUUUUCCCUAUCCUUUAUUAAAUGGUGUGGUCUUUCAGUUUAAAAGCAGAACUUAUUUAUUUCACGUUCAGAUUUUGCAACACUUUCACUCUAUACCCUGCGCUUGCACUCAAGUAGCCGCUGCUUGUGCUUGGAUUUGCUCAGCUUGUGCACUUAAACUCAGAUAUUUUGUUGCUUGGACAGAUUUUCUGCGCUCGGGCUUCAGAUCUUCUCCUCGCGCUCCCAGACUACU